UCCUCCGCCAAGGUCACGGCCCCGCGGCGUCUCCCCUCCCGGGCGGGCUGGGUGCAGGCGGUGUCAGCUGGCGGCAAGCGGAGCAGCGAGGCAGGGUAGCUUCAUCACACUCGCGGCGGAUGCGGAUUCCGCGCCGCCCCGGCUCUAGCUGCUCAGGCGACCGCCACCCUCGCCUCGCCGCCGCCCGUGCACAGGCGGCUCCGGCAGCCGCCACUCGCGCCCGCUCCCCUGGGCCGCCUCGCUGGCUCGCUCCCUCCUCCGCUUCUUCUCCCGGGGACUGGGACCAGCCGAGCGCGCGCGGGAGUCGAGACGCCCGGCCCGUGCGCGCGACUGGGAGGAGGGAGGAGGGGACAGUCACGUGGGACAGGGGCGUCCGAAGGUGCCGGCUCGGAUGGGCUCGGCUCGGCCGCCGCCACACCGCCCGGGCCUCCCGGGCCUCCCCGGCCUCCCCGCCCUCGCGCCCCUCGGGAGGCUGUAGUCCUGCCCCCGGCGCGGCCGGCCCGCGCUUCCGCACACCCCGCCCGCCGGCCCGCGCGUGUGUACGUGCGCCGGAGGCCUGGAGAGACCGGAGUUUAACGCCCAGUGGGGAAAUAAUAAAACCUACCUCACAGGACUGUCAUGGGAUCAAAUGCAAUAAUACCUGUUGAUCAUCUAGCACAGUGUGUGGGCACACAAGAGGACCUAUACAGAGGUUUCCCAGAACCUACCACAAAAUCAUUAACAAAAAUUCAAUGGAAAACAAUGGAACCAAUGGAAACCAGUGGAAUGUAUGCAUUUGAUACACUAGGCAGCAGCUGAUAAUGAAUUCUGAAUAUUGGGAUUGCCUCUUUUUUUUUUUUUUUUUUUUGACGGAGCCUUGCUCUGUUGCCCAGGCUGGAGUGCAGUGGCACGAUCUUAGUUCACUGCAACCUCUGCCUCCCAGGUUCAAGCUAUUCUCCUGCCUCAGCCCUUGAGUAGCUGGGAUUACAGACGCAUGCCACCAUGCCUGGCUAAUGUUUGUAUUUUUAGUAGAGACGGGGAUUCACCAUGUUGGUCAGGCUUGUCUCGAACCCCUGACCUUAUGAUCUGCCCACUUCAGCCUCCCAAAGUACUGGGACUACAGGGGUGAGCCACCACGACUGGCCUGGGAUUCCUUCUGAGUAACUUUUAGGCUUAUACAUUCAGCAACAAGAAUUUUAAAUCUACAAAUGGACUUCAAUCAUGCUGAGUUUCCCCUCCACCUACCCCCCAUCCCCAACACCGGUCUCCAGUAGCUCUCUCAUUUACUCAUAUCUUAAAAGCCGGAAAUUGUUUUUCUCAAGGCAAUGGCAUUAAAAUCAGCCAUUAACCUGACACUGAGAGCUAGUUCAGUCAUUUAGGACUAUACUUUUUCCUGGUGAAGGAAACCAGAAAACAGAGUUUCCAUUGGUGAAGGGAAAUGGAAGAGAAGCAAGGGACCAUAAAUUCACUUCUUUCCACCUAGGGGAAGUAAGAGCAGGUGUCAGUCAUGGCAUCAAAUCAGAUUCAUCUCCCACUCCCAUAUGUAACCAAAAACACAAAUUCUCAAGACCAGUGAGCAAAGCUAGCCUUACAUAUACCAAGAGAAAUCUGAAGGGCUACUGAGUACCAAAAAUUCCGUCAUCACAGAGGUUUUCCUUUGCACUACCUUACCUGUCAAUGUCUUUAUAAGAUAAACACUCUUAAAAGGCGUUACCUAUGGAGCAGCAGGAAAGCUAAGUGAGCUCUCCUAAUGGGAGGCUUCUCCAGUUGGAUUCUUGCCACUUCUCUGAAGUAACAUUCUACUGCUACCCCCAUGUCCCAAAGGACUCAAUAGGAUGAGAUCAUUAAUAUUUCCUGCCCGAUCCUUUACACUGUCUUGUGGGAUCCCCUCCUGUAUCGAUAGUCCAAAGGAGUUCUACACAUUUAAACAACACUUAUUCUUAUAUUUCAAAGGGGUUUCACAAUACAAGCAAAAAUAAUGAGGCUAUUACAAGUUUUGAAGUUUGAUGUCAUUCAUUUGGUGUUAUUAAAAUUUACAGUAUUUUCAUAUCUAGUCCAUGGGUUAUGUAGCUCUCUUUUCACUCAGAACAGUUUUCCUUGGACUCAGAGUCUGACAUCACUUUCCUUUCUUAAGUGAACUACUUCACCAUUCAUGCUCAAGUGUGCUUUCUUGGUCCUUAGGAAACACAAAGGCCUUCUUGAAAACAUCCUAGAUGGACAUUUUUCACUUCAAACAAGGAUAACCUGGAUUUCUGUUGCCACAUUAGAUAGAGUAGUUUGCAGCAGACUCAUAGUCCCUAUGAGAAUUACUAGAAAAAUGCAAUAAAAUUUUCAAACUAUGUAAUGGCAUGAGACAGCUGCCAAAGUGCCAGAGGCAUUAGAAGAAGAACAACGCCAUCUUGAAUAGGGGCUGGAUAAAAUAAGGCUGAGACCUACUGGGCUGCAUUUCCAGACAGUGAAGGCAUUCUAAGUCACAGGAUGAGAUAGGAGGUUGCCACAAGAUAUGGGUCAUAAAGACCUUGCUGAUAAAACAGGUUGCAGUAAAGAAGCCCACCAAAAUCCACCAAAAUCAAGAUGGUGACGAGAGUGACCUCUGGUCAUCCUCACUGCUACACUCCUACCAGUGCCAUGACAGUUUACCAUGGCAACUGCCAUGGCAACAUCAGGAAGUUACCCUAUAUGGUCUAAAAAGAGGAAUCAUGAAUAAUCCACCCUUGUUUAUUAUUUUUUUUAUUUCUUGCAUAUAAUCAAGAAACAAUCACAAAAAUGGACAGCCAGCAGGCUUUGAGGCUGCUCUGCCUAUGAAGUAGCCAUUCUUUUAUUCAUUUAUUUUAUUUUGUUUGUUUGUUUUUGGAGACGGAGUCCCACUCUGUUGCCCAGGCUGGAGUGCAGUGGCGCCAUCUUGGCUGACUGCAAGCUCCGCCUCCCGGGUUCACUCCAUUCUACUGCCUCAGCCUCCCGAGUAGCUGGGACUACAGGUGCCCGCCACCAGGCCUGGCUAAUUUUUUUGUAUUUUUAGUAGAGACAGGGUUUCACCAUGUUAGCCAGGAUAUUCAUUUACUUUCUUAAUAAACUUGCUUUCACUUUACUCUGUGGACUCGCCUCAGAUUCUUUCUUGCGUAAGAUCCAAGAACCUUCUCUCGGGGUCUGGAUUGGGAGCCCUUUCUGGCAACAAAAUGAGCAGACAUUAAAGAAGCCAAGAUUCUGGAAAGUAAAAAAAACUGCAGAAAGGUAAGCUGAUGUUUGGCAGCUUUACUUUGCAAGUGAGGAUGUUUGUCAACUCUAUUUGCAAACUAAGAGGCUGAGAAUGUGAACUUUUCCCAGGCAGAGGGCCACAGCUGGAGGACAGAAACCAGAGAGUGUGAAAGUCCUCUCACAGGACUAGAGACAUAUAAUUGGAAAUUUGAAGAGGCAACAUUCCAGUGAAAAAGGAAGAGUAGAGGGUUGAUCCUGGGGGAGAGCCAUUGUUCUCUCUAAAGAAUUUGCCUAUUUCUGAAGCUGCAUGACUUGGGAGGCUGUACAACUCAGCAGAAGUCAU